GGGCCGGGGCGGGCGGGCGGGCGGAGAGGCAGGCGCCCAUCCUCCGGGGGCCCCUCCGGAAUGAGGCCUCGGCGCCGGCGCGGGACGACUCGGGGACUCGUCAGAGCGGAUCCUAGCAGAGGCCGAAGCCGCCGGCCGCGAUGCCGGGGAAGCUGAAGGUGAAGAUCGUGGCGGGUCGCCAUUUGCCGGUGAUGGACCGCGCCAGCGACCUGACGGAUGCCUUCGUGGAGGUAAAAUUUGGUAACACAACCUUUAAGACAGAUGUGUACCUCAAGUCACUCAAUCCGCAGUGGAACUCGGAGUGGUUUAAAUUUGAGGUGGAUGAUGAAGAUUUACAAGAUGAACCUCUGCAGAUCACCGUUCUUGACCACGAUACUUACAGUGCAAAUGAUGCUAUUGGCAAGGUGUACAUUGACAUCGACCCUCUACUGUAUAGUGAGGCUGCCACAGUCAUCUCAGGGUGGUUCCCAAUUUAUGACACCAUACACGGCAUCCGCGGAGAAAUCAAUGUUGUUGUCAAAGUAGACCUCUUCAAUGAUUUAAACAGAUUUAGACAGUCAUCGUGUGGAGUCAAAUUCUUCUGCACAACAUCUAUUCCAAAGUGCUACAGAGCUGUGGUAAUCCACGGAUUUGUAGAAGAACUUGUGGUCAAUGAAGACCCGGAAUAUCAAUGGAUCGAUCGCAUUCGCACACCAAGGGCAUCAAAUGAGGCCAGACAGAGACUUAUUUCUUUGAUGUCAGGUGAGCUGCAGAGGAAGAUUGGCUUGAAAGUACUUGAGAUGAGAGGGAAUGCAGUUGUUGGGUACCUGCAGUGUUUUGACCUGGAAGGCGAGUCUGGGUUAGUGGUACGAGCCAUAGGAACAGCGUGUACUCUGGACAAAUUAAGUAGCCCAGCCACAUUUCUUCCUGCAUGUAAUUCCCCAUCCAAAGAAAUGAAGGAGAGUCCCUUCAAUGAAGAUCCCAACCCCAAUCCUCACUCAUCAGGACCCUCAACCCCUCUGAAAAACCAAACUUAUUCCUUUUCACCUUCCAAGUCCUACAGCCGACAGUCCUCUUCUUCUGACACAGAUUUGAGCUUGACACCCAAGACGGCACCUUACCCACAGGGGCCUGGGAUCUACCUGUGCCCCAGCUCCACCCCCCUCUCUUGUGGUUCCCUUCACCUUAAGUCCCGCCUCCUCUCGGAAUCUAGCCUUACCCCUCAUCACUCUAGCCUUGUCAGCCCCGUUCUGAGGAAAAGUGUUUCUUUCAGUGAAGAGCUGUUCCUGGCUGCUUCUGGAAUGGGAAGUGGCAGUGCUGGAAAAGAAGGGGGGCCCUUUAAAGCCCUUCUGCGACAGCAGACGCAGUCAGCACUGGAGCAGCGGGGAGGAUCGCCUCAUAGGUUCUGUAGAAGGCGGGAAUUCCCCUUCCUCACCCUGACCGCCUUCCCCCCUGGACUCCUCGUGCAUGUCGGGGGUGUUGUUAGUGCACGCUCUGUGAAACUUUUAGAUCGGAUCCACAAUCCUGCCUUUGUCGGAAUUAUGGGUAACACAAGAUCUUACAAACUGCUAGACUGGAAUAGUUUCAAUUCAGAUGAACCCGAAACUCGAGAUGCAUGGUGGGCAGAAAUCAGACAAGAGAUAAAGUCACAUGCUAAAGCCUUAGGCUGCCAUGCUGUAGUGGGCUACAGCGAGUCAACCAGCAUCUGUGAAGAAGUCUGUAUUUUAUCAGCCUCUGGUACGGCAGCUGUAUUGAGCCCUCGGUUUCUGCAGGAAGGCACUGUGGAUGGCUCUUUGGAACAGAGGGUUGAGGAAAACUUGCCUGUGGGCUGCGGAUUCUGCCAUAUACCGUACGAUGAACUGAACAUGCCAUUCCCAGCUCACCUCACACACUGUUACAACUGCAGGAAACAAAAAGUGCCCGAUGUUCUCUUUACAACCAUAGACCUGCCCACCGAUGCAGUGGUCAUCGGGAAAGGUUGUCUCAUUCAGGCAAGGUUAUGUCGCUUAAAAAAGAAAGCGCAGGCAGAAGCCAAUGCCACAGCUAUCAGUAAUCUCCUGCCAUUUAUGGAAUAUGAAGUCCACACUCAGCUGAUGAACAAGCUCAAACUCAAAGGAAUGAAUGCUUUGUUUGGACUACGAAUUCAGAUCACAGUGGGUGAAAACAUGUUGAUGGGUUUAGCGUCUGCCACAGGGGUCUACUUAGCAGCGUUACCGAUGCCUGGAGGCAUCCAGAUUGCUGGGAAGACCCCUAGUGACGGCUCCUAUGAGCAGCACAUCUCCCACAUGCAGAAGAAGAUAAAUGACACGAUUGCCAAAAACAAGGAGCUGUACGAGAUCAACCCUCCGGAGGUAUCUGAAGAGAUUAUAGGAUCACCCAUCCCAGAACCUAGACAGCGCUCAAGACUUUUAAGAUCGCAAUCAGAAAGUUCUGAUGAAGUUACAGAAUUAGACCUUUCACAUGGGAAAAAAGACGCGUUUGUUUUAGAGAUCGAUGACACUGACGCCAUGGAAGAUGUGCACUCCCUCCUCACUGACGUCCCCCCGCCCUCAGGUUUUUAUAGUUGUAAUACUGAAAUUAUGCCUGGCAUAAAUAAUUGGACAUCAGAAAUACAGAUGUUCACGUCGGUAAGAGUGGUCAGACUGAGCAGCCUCAACCUGACUAACCAAGCUCUCAAUAAGAACUUCAAUGGCCUGUGUGAGAACUUGCUCAAGAGCUUAUACUUCAAACUCCGCUCCAUGACCCCCUGCUGCCUCUGCCACGUGAACUUUACGGUGUCUCUGCCGGAAGACGAGUUAAUCCAGGUUACAGUCACAGCAGUUGCAAUAACUUUUGAUAAAAACCAGGCCUUACAGACCACAAAAGCCCAUGCUGAAAAGUCACUCCAGAGAGCAUCCACGGAUAACGAAGAGCUGCUGCAGUUUCCGCUGGAGCUCUGCUCAGACUCCGUGCCUUCUCACGCCUUCCCAGCAGCUAAAGAACACCCGGAGAGUGCGAGUUCUAACUCAGGUACACCAGCUGCACAGAGAGCAACGUCAGUUGAUUACAGUUCCUUUGCAGACAGAUGCAGCAGCUGGAUAGAGCUCAUUAAACUGAAAGCUCAGACCAUAAGGCGCGGAUCAAUUAAGACAACUGUGACGGUUGAGAAAGCAAGUCCCAUGGGUGAUGGAAAUUUCCGGAACCGCUCUGCUCCACCUUGUGCAGGUUCCACAGUUGGGGUUGUUAAGAUGACACCUCUUUCUUUCAUCCCUGGAGCAAAGAUAACAAAGUAUCUCGGCAUCAUUAACAUGUUUUUUAUUAGAGAAACUACUUCUCUGCGGGAGGAAGGAGGAGUCAGCGGUUUCCUCCAUACUUUCAUUGCUGAAGUGUUUGCCAUGGUGAGAGCUCACGUCGCUGCUCUGGGCGGGAAUGCUGUUGUUUCCUACAUUAUGAAGCAGUGCGUCUUCAUGGAGAAUCCAAGUAAGAACCAGGCGCAGUGUCUCAUAAAUGUCAGUGGUGAUGCGGUGGUUUUUGUUCGCGAAUCUGACUUAGAGGUCAUGUCAACUCAGCAGCCGGCUGUCAACUGCCAGCCAACUUGUACUGGAGAAGUUACAACCUGAAGACAGAGGAGCUCAACUGAAUGAAAUUCACCUGUCUCCAUUAUUUUUCAUCGUCUUCACAAACCAAAAACCUCAGCCUGGGAUAAGUAGGAGCAAUGGGUAUGAGUCGGUUUGGUUUGUGUGGACCUCUUUGAGAUCUAAGACUUUGUAGACAUUUCAUUUUGCCCUGUUUACAUAGACAGGCCCCAUGGAAUCUAGAAACUUCAGUUAUGGAAGUUAUUUGUAAUUUAUGUUGAUUUUAAUAAAAUUAUAAUUAAAGAUGAGAUGGGAAGAUUAUCAAGAAGCUAGGAUAAGUAGCUUCUAUAACUUAGAAAGUAAGAGGGAAUCCAGAUUGCUAAUGAGUCUAUGAUUGAUUUGAAAAAUGGAGGAAACUACUAUGUAUUUUCAGAAAGUUGUCAUGUGGGGUUCUCAUAUCUUUUGCUUGAAAUGAAGAAUUUGUUAGUCAGACAGGUAAUGUGUUUCAGCCGUCUUUUCAAAGGGAGAUUCCAUGGUGUACAUCUGCAGUGUUGACCACCUGCUCUGAGGAGCUUUGUAGGGAGGGAUCCACAUCAAGGAAUGGGGAGAAGACUCCUCACAGCUGGCUGUCACAUCAGGGAAGGAGGGUUGCCUCACGACUGGCUGCUGUUUUCUAUUUAAGUCUAGAAGAGUCUUGGCUUCAACUGGGGAGAGACCAUUGUGAAAUGUAUUCAAGUAGUGGAAAUACAGGUGACCUAGGAAGAGCGAGAUUAUUUUCUAAUAAUACUAUAUUGCAUUCUUACUAAUCUUAGGGACGUUGGUGAGGUACAUUGUUUGGUAUAGAACUUGGAGAUGAGACUUGAAUAUGCUGUAAAGUAUGGAAUGUAUGUAUUAAGUCUUACAUAUGCCAAGUACCCACUGCUAAUAAAAUAUCAAAUUCCUUCUUAGACCAAGAAAAUUUACUUAUUAAACUUAGGAUUUUAUUCUCUCAGAACAACAAAUUAUCCUAAAGAUGAAAAAAGUCAUCUUAUUGUUACACAGGUGUCAAUAUUUUUCUGUAUUUUGUUUAUAAUUUUAUUUUUUAAAUAAAAAAUUUAUAAACAGUA